AGUAGAUCCUCCCGAGACGCCUCUUGCUGGCUGCCUGCGUGCUGCUGCUCGUUGCUUCUCUCCUUCCCCUUCUUCUGCUUCUUCUUGCUCAUAACAAUCCCCAUUUGUUUCUUAUUUUCUUGUCGUUGCUUAAUCAGUGAUCGCUUCUAAACCCGGAUUUGCGUCGGAGACGCAAAAAGAUCACUUCGCGGCAGCUGCGUUCAAUUACCACCAAAACUUUUUUGCCCUUCUUAUUCAAACCCUUUUAUUUUGGUCGAUUUUACAAUAAAAUACUAUCCAUUCUUGUCUUUCUCCACCGAGGGUUUAUGCUUCUUGGCUGUGAGAAAUAUCAGUCAAAGAUUUUUCAUCAUCUACUGCCAAACGUGUGAGAAACCCCAGAUUCUAUUUCUGCCUCCAUACCUUAUCUUUCUCUCCCUCUCUCUCAUGUUCUCUUAAAAAUCCAGGCUUUGGGGGCUUCUUGAGGGUUAGCUUGCGAGAGAGAAGAGAAGGAGAGAAACAUGCAAGCCGUUCUUCAGACCAAAGGGUUUCUCUCUCUACCUUCCAAUCCCAAGCUCAGGGCCUUCAACCCGCCGCCGCAGGGGCUUAGGCAGAGAUUCAGCCCUCUCAAACCCAAAACCCUAUCUGGGUUUUCUCUGCCUCUAAAUGGGUUCUCAAAAUUCCAGGGUUUGGCCGCAAGGCCUCAUGGGAUUCAUCCCAACGACAGAAGUUUCCCUAUUUGCCGGGCUGAGGCGGCGGCCGACGGACAGCCGCUAUUUGCAGAGCCGGAGCCGCCCAAGUUCAUGGGGAUUGACAGCGUAACCCUGAAGAAGAUUAUCCCUCUCGGGAUGAUGUUCUUUUGCAUCCUCUUCAACUACACCAUCCUUAGAGACACUAAGGAUGUGUUGGUUGUGACGGCGAAAGGGUCCAGUGCUGAAAUUAUACCAUUCUUGAAAACUUGGGUCAAUUUGCCCAUGGCCAUUGGGUUUAUGAUUUUGUACACCAAAUUGGCCAAUGUGUUGUCCAAGCAGGCUCUCUUCUACACAGUUAUUGUGCCCUUCAUUGCCUUUUUUGGGGCUUUUGGGUUCGUUCUGUAUCCUCUCAGCCAUUACUUCCACCCAACGGCUCUUGCUGAUAAGCUUCUAGCCAUGCUGGGUCCAAGGUUUCUGGGCCCUCUUGCAAUUAUAAGGAUUUGGAGCUUUUGUUUAUUUUAUGUCAUGGCUGAGCUCUGGGGUAGUGUGGUGAUUUCUGUGCUGUUUUGGGGGUUUGCCAAUCAGAUUACUACAGUUGAUGAAGCCAAAAGAUUCUACCCUCUUUUUGGACUUGGAGCCAAUGUUGCCCUUAUUUUCUCAGGUAGAACUGUAAAGUACUUCUCUAAUCUGAGAAAGAAUUUGGGUCCUGGAGUUGAUGGUUGGGCUAUCUCCUUGAAAGGAAUGAUGAGCAUUGUGGUGCUAAUGGGGCUUGCCAUUUGUUUUAUUUAUUGGUGGGUGAAUAACUAUGUUCCUCUUCCGACCCGAAGUAAGAAGAAGAAGGAGAAACCAAAGAUGGGGACGAUGGAGAGCUUAAAAUUCUUGUUGUCUUCAAGAUACGUUAGGGAUCUUGCCACAGUGGUGGUUGCAUAUGGCAUCAGCAUCAAUCUUGUUGAGGUUACAUGGAAAUCAAAGCUUAAGGCUCAGUUUCCCAGCCCAAAUGAGUACUCCUCCUUCAUGGGUGACUUCUCAACUGCAACGGGGGUAGCAACAUUCACAAUGAUGCUGCUAAGUCAAUGGAUAUUUGAUAAAUAUGGCUGGGGAGUUGCAGCCAGUAUCACACCUACAGUUUUGCUUCUGACUGGAGUCGGGUUCUUUUCUCUAAUAUUAUUUGGUCAUCCACUUGCACCUGCUCUUGCAAAGUUUGGGAUGACCCCACUUCUAGCUGCUGUAUUUGUGGGUGCAAUGCAGAAUAUCUUUAGCAAGAGUGCAAAGUACAGCUUAUUUGAUCCGUGCAAAGAAAUGGCCUAUAUUCCUUUAGAUGAAGAAACCAAGGUUAAAGGAAAGGCCGCCAUAGAUGUUGUCUGCAACCCGCUGGGCAAGUCUGGAGGUGCCCUCAUCCAGCAGUUCAUGAUCUUAACUUUCGGGUCACUAGCAAACUCAACCCCUUACCUUGGUGGAAUACUGUUAGUGAUUGUUCUAGCAUGGUUAGCUGCAGCUAGGUCUUUGGACACCCAGUUCACCGCACUGCGUCAGGAGGAAGAACUAGAGAAGGAGAUGGAACGAGCAGCCGUGAAAAUUCCAGUUGUGGCUGAAAAUGAAAGUGGGAAUGGUUCCCUUGUGAGCGGGACAGCGAUGAAUCCUACGGGAGGUGACUCAUCACCAAGUAGCUCGUCUGAAACCUCAACGCCUCGUAAUGUUUGAAAAGGCAGUGAUUGAAAAAGGUCAUCAGAAGGGUCUUUUUUUGUGCUGUGUUGGUUUUAGGAUUGCUUUUAUUUAUAGAAUAAUUAGAACUUGUUGGUUAUUGGUUUUGCUUUUGUUGUAGACAAUAAUGGCAGUUGAAGCAAGCAUGUCACUUGCUUGUCAGUAGAGCACAAUGAAUUUGCAUUUCUUA